CUGAUAUCUUACACUCACCUACUAUCUCUCUUCUUCCUUUUGAUGGGAAUUGUGACUACUUCUCCAACAUCUACUGGAACUCUUGGAACUCAGGAUCGCCGGCGGGGAGAUACCCCGUCUUCGCGCAUCUUCUGCGCUACCUGGAGCGGGACGAAGGCUUGCGAGAAGUUUGAAGCAACUAUUGUUCGCCACAGCUCAACAGUCCAUUCAUUGCGGAAUUCGUUCUCCCGCACCGUCAUAGGCUCCGGCCAACUCAUUUCAAAGGAUUAUCGACAGAUACACAGAAUUAUGGAAGUGGAAAACGACGCAAAGGCGACAAAUUCGGAGAAGCCGUUCUUAGCACCGGAUGUUCAAGUAAUAUUGUGGUUCGUAUUACUGUGCUGUUUGACUGAGGGGAUGGUGUUGUUGUUCAGAUGGUGAGUUCACUUUUGUGAUUGGUAAGGUCGCGGUGACUGAUGUAGGUGGCGGGAGUCAAGACAAGAUCAGAGAGAAAUCGAGACGAGCUGCGAGCAGCAACUGUAGUGGGCGAGAUUAGGUGCCAUCAACGAGAGCGAUGAGGAUGACGAGACGAACAUCCCUGUGCUGUGAGCUAAGCAGCGGCAUAAUCUCAAAAUGAAGGUGUUUCUUGGCCAUUUUGAGCAUCCAUAUCCCACAAAUUCGUUGGUAUUGCUUCGACGGAAUGCUGACU